AUGGCCUCUAACCAACCUGCCAAGUGCUGCACUGAGGGCGUUCGCCAUGAAGGCGAGCCCACCGGCAAGAUGAUCAAGCUCGAUAGCGGUCUUGACGCCUACAUCGCGACAGCUCCCGCGGACAAGGCGCACAAGGGAACCGGAAUUGUCUACAUUGCCGAUAUCUACGGAAUCUGGACCAAUAGCAAGUUGAUGGCCGAUCAAUUCGCUGCCAACGGCUACACCACCAUCAUUCCCGACAUUUUCAACGGCGAUGUUAUGCCUCUGCCUAUGCCAGAGGGUCUUGAUAUCAUGAGCUGGAUCACAAAGGGUGCCAAGGGCGAUAACCCUCAUACUCCCGCUCAGAUCGACCCUAUUAUCGCCGAGUCUAUCAAGACGCUCAAGGCGCAGGGUGCUACUAAGAUUGGAGCUGUCGGAUACUGUUUCGGCGCCAAGUACGUUAUUCGCAACUACAAGGCGGGCAUCGAUGUCGGUUAUGUCGCUCACCCCUCGUUCGUCGAGGAAGAAGAGCUCAAGGCCAUCACCGGGCCCCUCUCUAUCGCCGCUGCUCAAACCGACCAAAUCUUCCCCACCGAAAAGCGUCACAAAUCGGAGGAGAUUCUGAUUGGGACUGGCAAGCCUUUCCAGAUCAAUUUGUUCUCUCACGUCGAGCACGGAUUUGCUGUGCGCGCUGAUCUGAGUGAUAAGAAAAAGAAGUUUGCCAAGGAGCAGGCUUUCUUCCAGGCUGUGCAGUGGUUUGAUGAGUACCUUCUUUAG